CGCGGCGUAGAGCAGCGAGAACGAAGAAGUGCCAUCAUCGCGCGCCCCCAUGCCUCGCGCUGCUCAGAACCGCCCCUGGCUAGAUCUCAUUUUUAUUUGACAAGAAUGCAGCCCUUUCGUGAGGACGCCGAGUGGCUCCGCAAAGCAGAGCGUUAUGCCGCCGUCUCUCCGCCGACCCAGCCUCUCCACAGCGGAUGGAGGCCUCCACUGACGUGGGCCGGACGGCCACACGACUCGCGCUUCCUGGCUGAGGGCCCCUGGCCGGAAGCAGCUGUUGCACCGCAUCGCAGCUAUCCCGGUUACUACUACGAAGGCAGCGCCGAGCCCGUUUACGAGCAGUCGCUGGAGCCCGAAGCUGCGACGGAGUCCUCGGAGCCCAGAAGUGCGGGAUGCCCGAGCUUCGUCCUCGGCGUCGCAUUCGCGGGGCUCCUCGUGUGCAUCGGUCUUCUCGUCGUCCACAGCUCGCUGUCGCCACUCGACAUCAGCCCGGACAUCGAGGAGGAUGCCAGGGAGCGGCGGCUGGAAGUGGCACCGAACGCAGUCGGCGAGCGCCUUAUUCCGCGGAGGAUCGGGCAUCCGGACAUCGACGAACGCGGCAACGGGAAAACGACGCUACGCAGACGCGCGCGGGUCCGAGUCGCUGGCAGAGCGGCGAACGGAGGCUCAGCUCGACCACCGCUGACGAGUGCGAAGACGAGCCCCGAGACGAAGACACCUACCACCGCGAUGACCACCACUCGGGGCGAAGACGACGCACAUCCGAGACGCGCCGCCACUGACGAGUCGUGCAGCCGGCACGUGUACACUCACUGCGUGCGGCCAAGGCCGGAGUUCUUCUACAACGCCGACCGGCGAGCCUGCGUCCCGGCGGCCGCGGACACGGUGCACGUGUGUAACCGCGGCUCCAACCGGUUUUCCAGCUUUGAGAGCUGCCUCACCAGCUGCGUCAACGGCCCCCGCGUAUCCGACCGCUGCUACGAAAGCACGCUCUUCUUUCCCUGCGCCCGCUGUGUGCCUGUUGAUCGAAAGACUGAUCUUGACGACGCCAUAAUUUCUCCAUGA